AUGUCAAUUCACAACCACUAUACCAGCACCGCUUUGAAAAGUAGAAAUCUAUAAUUAAAGAGACAGAGCAAGCAGCCACAGAGAAACUCCGACGAAGACGACGAUGGCGCCAACACCAGCAGCGAUCCGGUGCUCCGGCGUCGCAUCUGGUCUCCUGCUGCUCCUCUUCUUCCUUCUCAUCCAACCGUCAAUUUCCAUUUACUGCGACGAAGACGAUUGCUACGAUCUUCUAGGGGUUUCUCAAAGUGCUAAUUCUUCAGAAAUCAAGAAAGCCUACUACAAACUCUCCUUGAAAUAUCACCCGGAUAAGAACCCCGAUCCCGAUUCGAGAAAGUUUUUCGUUAAAAUUGCUAAUGCUUAUGAGAUUUUAAAAGAUGAAGCCACGAGGGAACAAUAUGAUUAUGCAAUUGCACAUCCAGAGGAGGUAUUUUACAAUACAGCUCGCUACUACCACGCAUACUAUGGCCACAAAACAGAUGCUCGUGCUGUCCUUGUGGGUCUUCUUUUGGUUCUCUCAGCAUUUCAGUAUCUAAAUCAAUGGACGAGGUAUAAUCAGGCUAUUGACAUGGUCAAGAAGACUCCAGCUUACAAAAAUCGGCUUCAUGCACUGGAACUUGAACGCAGUGGAGGGAUGACAAACAAGAAGAAGGGUCAAAAACCGAUGGACAAGAAGAUGACAGAAGACCUCAGCAAGGAACUUGAUCUGCAGAUAACGGGAGCUGAAAAACCAUCCAUGUGGGAACUUCUUGGUGUUCGCUUCAUACUCCUACCAUACACUAUUGGAAAGCUAUUGUUAUGGCAUGCAUGUUGGCUCUGGAGAUAUCAGGUUAAACGAGCUCCACAUUCCUGGGAAGAUGCUUCCUACCUAACUCGAAGAUCCCUAGGGGUCUCUCUUGAUAAAUGGAGAAGCAUAGAUGAAUCAACGCAAGAAGAUCUUAUUCAGAGACGUUUAUGGGAAAAAUCCAACUUGGAGAGCUACCUAGCAGAAAUGCGUAAAGAAUCAAAGCGCAGAAGAUAGUGAAAUUUGUUGCCCGCAGUGUCUUUCACCCUGUAAUCGGACAACAUAAUUUUUUUAUACGAAGGCUAUACACAAAACUGAAACCCAAUCAUGCUUCAACAGCAGAAGUUUGGGUCCAUGGUUGAUAUUGGAGAGGCGGAGGAUAAUUAUUUUUUGAAGAAUCCCUCUAUUUAGUUGGAGUCCAUAACAAAGUUGUAGAACUUGAAAUAUGACAGAGGGUCGGCUCAUAAGAAAGAUUUUUGUGGAGUUUAUUUAAUUGUCAUCCAUAACAUGAUUUAAUAUUACAAUAUGAUGCUGAUAUCAGGUACCUGUCUUUGUGAUCCUAUAUACUCCUUGUAUUUGAUUUUAGGCAAUAAAAAUGAAAAUUCAUGAGAA